AUGGAGCUGGAGCACUUUGAUGAGCGGGACAAGGCUCAAAGAUAUACCCGAAGGGGCUCAAGAGGGAAUGGGCUCCCCAGUCCCACUCAUAGCGCCCACUGCAGCCUGUACAGAACCAGGACACUGCAAGCACUGACCACAGAAAAGAAGGCCAAGAAGGUUCGUUUCUAUCGCAAUGGGGACCGCUAUUUCAAAGGGAUUGUCUAUGCCAUCUCUCAGGAGAGAUUUAGGUCUAUUGAAGCACUCCUGGCCGACCUCACAAGAUCUCUGUCAGAUAAUGUCAACUUGCCACAAGGGGUGCGGACCAUAUACACCAUUGAUGGGACAACAAGGAUCACCUGCAUGGACCAGCUAGUGGAAGGGGAGAGCUAUGUUUGUGCAUCCAUAGAGCCUUACAAGAUGCUGGACUACACAAAGAAUGUAAAUCCCAACUGGGCAGUCGGUGCUAGGACUGCUUUGGCCAUCCGUGAGCCUUCUUCCCUUGGUAGCGCUAUGGCUGGAUUCCUGGAAACCAGGGAGGGCAAAGACUUUAUUAAGCCCAAACUGGUAACCAUUGUCCGCAGUGGAGUAAAGCCUCGCAAGGCCGUACGGAUCUUGCUCAAUAAGAAAACUGCACACUCCUUUGAGCAAGUCAUGACCGACAUCACAGACGCCAUCAAGCUGGACUCUGGUGUUGUCAAAAGGCUGUAUACUGUUGACGGCAAGAUGGUCACCUGCCUUCAGGACUUUUUUGGGGAGGAUGAUAUCUUCUUUGCCUGUGGCCCUGAAAAGUUUCGUUAUCAGGAUGACUUUAACUUGGAUGAAGGUGAGUGCAGGGUGGCAAAGUCUGUAUCCUAUGGCCGGCUCCCCUCCGUGCAGGGUCUCUCUUCCCCAAGAGGUGGUGGGAUGUCCCGCAGGAGCAAGUCCCCGUCAUCCCCUGGUUCAGCUAAUGGCACUGCAAGCAGUCAGCUGUCCACCCCUCGAUCUGGGAAGUCUCCAAGCCCCUCUCCGACCAGUCCAGCUAGCCUCCGAAGACGACGGGGAUCUCAACACAGUGGCUCUUCACUGUCUUUAGCGUCUACCAAGGUUUGCAGCUCAAUGGAUGAAGGAGAUGGGCCUGGCAGUGAAGCUGAGCCAGUGGAUGAAUACCCCUCAGUGCCUGCAUCCAUAGCUGAGAGGUACAAAGUGGGGAGGACUUUAGGGGAUGGAAACUUUGCUGUGGUCCGAGAGUGUGUGGAGAGAUCCACUGGAAGAGAGUACGCUUUGAAAAUCAUCAGCAAAGAUAAAUGCAGGGGAAAGGAGCACAUGAUCCAGAGUGAAGUGUCAAUCCUUCGGCAUGUGAAACAUCCCAACAUCGUACUUUUAAUUGAGGAAAUGGACACCUAUAGUGAGCUCUAUCUUGUAAUGGAGUUGGUUAAGGGGGGCGAUCUCUUUGAUGCAAUCACCUCCACAAACAAAUACACAGAGCGAGACGCCAGCUGUAUGCUGUUCAAUCUGGCAAGUGCCAUCAAGUACCUGCACAGCCUCAAUAUUGUCCACAGAGACAUAAAACCAGAAAACCUGUUGGUGUUUGAACACCAUGAUGGCAGUAAGUCUCUUAAGCUAGGUGAUUUUGGCUUGGCUACUGUCGUCAAAGGGCCCCUCUAUACUUUGUGUGGCACACCCACCUAUGUAGCACCAGAGAUUGUCGCUGAGACCGGGUAUGGCCUCAAGGUUGACAUUUGGGCAGCUGGUGUCAUCACUUACAUACUGUUGUGUGGCUUUCCUCCUUUCCCUUGCAGCGGUGAAGAUCAGGAGGCUCUCUUUGAACAGCUUUUGGGGGCCCAGCUUGAUUUUCCUGCACCAUACUGGGACAAUGUUUCUGCCACUGCCAAGGCUCUGAUCACUGGGAUGCUACAGGUAGAGGUGGAUCAGAGAUACACGGCUGUACAAGUGCUUGAUCACUGCUGGGUCAAUGACGAUGGUGGGUCAGAGAACAAGCACCAGCUGCCUGUGGCUGGGAAGAUCAAGAAGCACUUCAAUACCGGGCCUAAGCUCAACAGCACCGCUGCAGGAGUUUCAGUCAUUACAACCACGCCGCUUGAUAAGGAGAAGCAAGUUUUCCAACGAAGGCGCCACCAGGAUGGGAAAUCUGCACCCCACCUCCCACACAAUAUUGGUACCGGCACCUCCCGCAUGGCUAACCCCGGCUUCUCCCCUGCUGAGUUCCCCUCUGAGUCUGAGGACUAUUCCCCAAGUUCAGCUGACACUGUUCGUUCACCCACUUCUCCAUUCUAA